CUGCUAGAAAUUGGAUCGUUUAAUAAGAACCCGAUUGGCUUCCUGCCGACUCCUCCUGUGUUUGGACGGACCAGCAGCGAGGCUGAUUGCAUCUUCGAUGGCCGGUGUGCGUGGUUCAAUGUUCGCGGUGAUAAUUUCGACUGGGACAUUAUCACAGAGAAAGUCAACCCGAUUAUGUGGCAACAAGCGACGAAGACAAAGGGGACACCAGACGGUGGCUUUGCCAUGCUUUCGCCACAGACAAUGGGAGACCUUGGAUACGGUGAUCUGGUCAGUCUUCCGUUUUACUGCCAGCAAGGAGACGGUGCGCUGUCUUUCAACUAUUGGAAGUCAGGAAGUGUACAGCCUGAGAUUUGCGUCGUGUUGCUUGGACAGAAGGUACCACUAUUUUGUCGUGGAAUACAGGCAGAAGACCCUCUGGGUCGUUACACCGUCCCAAUACCUGGACCAAUUCAACGACCAUACCAGUUAGUUAUCCGAGGAACCAGCCAGAAGGUCGGACGGAACAACUUCAUCGCAGUUGACAAUAUUCAAUACAAGGCUGAUGUAUGUGGAUCGAACCCGAUGUCUGGUGAUUACAACAUGGUGUGCCAAGCCAUAACAUGCAACUUUCGAACGGGGACCAGCUGCAACUGGAUUUUGAACACCGGCGGUAUGAGUGGCUCCCAAUUCGCCCUCUCCAACCGCCCCAUAGGAGUCGCCAAUAACGUCCUCGUUUCUCCGAGCGUCCUCGGUGAGUACUUUUUGGGUACCGUAAUCCGAGAUCCGAAUCAACCGGUAGCCGUUCUGCAGUCAGCUGACUUCAAACUGCAAAAGCCGUUAGUGAUGAUGCUCGCCCUGAAACGCAGCACCUGGGGGUCAGAAGUGUAUGUGUGCUUCGACGAAUUUUUUCCGACUUUAGACGACUGCAAAUUACUGGCUGGACCGUCGCUUUCUGUGGAGGAGGCAACCAACGUCAAGCGAAUCUAUACGGCUGUUCCGGCCGGAACCGAAAAGGUAUUCAUCGUCGCCAAACACCCCUCAAUUGGUGUAUCCGGGCCAGCUGCAUUCGGAAUCGAAGAUAUCGAGCUUGUAGAUGCAAAUCGUCGUUCAUUGUGCCUGUAGAAAAUAGCUGAUGUAGCUCGCUUUGUAUUCCCUCCAGAAAGAAUGGCUGACAGCAACGUAAAACAGUCGGCGGAAAUCUUGCUUUCGUUGAAAAAUGGUAGUGCUUUAAGUCAUUCCGCGGUUUCUUUCCCCGAGGCCGCUGAUACCGCGGAAUCGUCGCUCCCAAGAGGUCUUGGUUUCAGCCACGAAAAGCCAGCCGAGAAGAACAGGGAUAGCGCGGUCGCCGCAUCCAGCUCCUUUCCCGCUUCUUAUACGCAUUCUGCUGAAAAGUACGGCGCCUCGGCGCUUCUUUGGCCCGUGUCCUUUGGCCAUUGUACCAUCGCGUUUGAUUUUGCGCCAGUUUCUGCCAAAAGCUCGUCAUUCAUCACUAGAUCAGCCGUUGCGUUCUUAGUCUUUGCCCGUCUAUUGGUGUCUGGCUUUUUUACUACGGUUCAUGCGUGCGUAACUUUUCACGUGCUCGAUCGUCUGAAUCAUGUCACGAAUCGUAAAGUUCAACUGUUCGAAAGAGUACAUUGUGGGCUUUUAAGUUUUUAG